CACCAUUUAGUUCACCUGGGCCAAGUAUGAAUCAGUAGCCACACCAGGCCUCGGCUGGGCCACAUCUGGAGAACUGGGGUGAGGGCACAACAUCGCAAAAUACCUGGCCCUGGCCCAAUCAUUCACCUCUUUUUGGGCAACAAAGAAACUAGCCUGUGGCCUGAGAAUAUAAUAUCUGAGACGAAGGCCAGCAGAAACAUUGCUUGCCCUCACCCCUUCUGCCCCUGUUUCCACCUGCUUCCUGCCUGCCCACUCACUAAGGCCCAUGCUGCAUGUCAUCUCUCGAAUGCCUAGGACGUCCCAGAGUGGGCAUCCUUCAGGUCUACCUACAGACAGGAAUACCUCUUUGAGUGUCACUCGAGUGAUAGUGAAGACACCAGGCAGCCAGAAAGACUUUAUGAUAGGUGACAACACCUCAGUGAGGCAGUUCAAGGAGAAGCUAUUGGCUCACUUCCAAUGUCAAAUGGACCAACUAGUGCUGGUUUUCAUGGGCUGCCUUCUCAAAGACCAUGACACGCUGAGCCAGAGGGGCAUCAUGGAUGGCCACACCAUCCACCUGGUCAUCAAAUCCAAGCAUGGCUCCAGAUCCCUAGCCCAUUCCUUCUCGAACCUGCCAACCAAUGAGCCCUUCCACCAUCGGGACAGAAACACCAAAGGAAACAGCAGUGGGGUGCACCAACCUGAUGGCGUGAAUCAAACCCCAGUGGAAUCAGCUCACUUUGUGGAGUCUGAUGCACCCGAGGUGCAUACCCAGAACCUGGAAGUGGGCAGUCCAGAGCACACAGCACAGAUGCUGGAGAAUACUAGCAUCCAGUGGCUUCUGUCAAACACAAACUUCAUGCGGCAGUUCAUCUCAGAACACCCAGACAUGCAACAAUUGAUGCAGCAAAACCCAGAGGUCUCCCUCCUCCUUGACAAUUCUGAGAUCCUGUCGCAGACCCUGGAGCUGGCCAGGAACCUUGCCAUGAUCCAAGAGAUAAUGCAGAUACAGCAACCUGCACAGAACCAUGAGCACCCACUGAACCCACAGCCAUAUCUGGACUUAGAGACAAUGCCAGGUGGGAACAAUGCCCUGGAUCAGAGCUGUGCGGAUUUCAAUGAUCAACUGCUCAACAGCAGGCAAGAUCCUUUUGAAAGCAAUCGUUUCAUAGCUCUCCUGGCAGGAGAAGUGCUGAAUCAAUUCAAGUCCUCACCCCCAUCUCCAUUACUAUCCCAGGAAUGGCGGGACCAGCUCCCACAGCUUCCUACAACCCAAGUCAUCUAUACUAGGUCUUGUGGUUUAUCUUCAAUCACCUCAGCCAAUGGAACCUCCAACAGGGUCAACCAUACUUCCAGGGCCAAUACUGCCACUAUUUCCACCAAGGGACAGAAUCACAUCUGUGCCCUUCAUCAGCCAGCUGGGAUACCAGCCUUACCUAGCAUAGAGCUCACCCAGCAGCCCCAGGAUGAAGACAAGGAUGCCACUAUCUCUUUAAGUAGUUCCGAACAGAGAUUCAAAGAUGAUCUCCAGUUGGAUAAGCAGACCAACUCCCAGAUCACAGGAGGCAUGAUGCAGUUGCUUAUGAACAAUCCCUACCUGGCAGCUCAGAUGAUGUUGUUUGUGAGUAUGCCCCAGCUGAGUGAACAGUGGCAGUAG